AUGAACUUGACCAGAGCACCUCAGAAGCACCACGACAUCGAAGAGGUUUGCAGCAUCACAGUCGCUCUGCCAAUACCUCGAUCGCCCCUCAUGUUCAGUCGCACGAUAAGGAGGUCAAUCCUCGAUACGAAAAUAGCAUCAUCUGCACUUCCGCCAACCUUCCUCCUUCCCUCUCGCGCUCGAUAUCUUCAAACCACAGUCCAACAUGUCGAGACACCACCACAAGGGCUUGACCCAUCUCAAUUGCCACUGAGUCCAGCCGCCGAAUCGAUAAAGAGCUCAGUUACUUCAAUCACCAAUGCAUCCCCAUUACCUCCUCGCGGUCCUCCUCUACAUCCCGAACCCAUUACAACACCAUUAAAACUCGAUUCUUCAAUCAGAGAAAUGCUGCCUCUACUUGCAGCUCAGCCAUCACAUUAUAUCAGCAUACACAUUCAUGGCAAACCAUAUUUAGUUACUGCUGGAGAUACUGUUCGACUCCCAUUUCACAUGCCGGGCCUCAUUCCAGGGGAUAUACUACGAUUGAACCGCGCAGCGAAUCUAGGUUCUAGGGAUUACACAUUAAAGGGAACGCCAUACUUGGACGAGCGGCUCUUUGAGUGUCGGGCCAGAGUAAUUGGAGUAGAAUCAGAACCCAUGAGGAUCAAAGAGAAGAAAAAACGGAGGAAUAGGAGGAUCAAUACGGUCAAGAGCAAGCAAAGGUUUACGGUCUUGAAAAUCUCAGAGCUCAAGAUCAAUUCCAUCGAACAACUCGAUAUGUCAACAGAUGCUGCCUGA